UGCAGCUGAUAAAGAAAAAAGAGUUGGGUUUCAAAUUGUAAAGCAAAGCAUGAAUAUCUAGCUGUACUGGUGCCUAAUAGUAUUGCAAGUAUAGUAUAAGCAUACAGAAUUCUGGUAUUGCAAGUAUAGUAUAAGCAUACAGAAUUCUGGCUGUAUCAAGAGUGGCAUGCUUCUGCUUAAACAUAUUCUAUAUUUGUACAAAUCCCUGAAAGCCUAGUAGUACUUAGGUUGUUUCCUCAAAACAGCUCCCUUUAUAGCAUUUUUCCUGAGAGAAUUAGUGAGGACACGAAUCCUGCUGCAUUACAUUGGAAUUACAGGUCAUUCUUUGAUCACUACGCUGCGUAAAUUAUCAUAUUUCCGUUAAACAGACGCCAAGUAAAGUAAAGAUACCGCAAACUGUUUAUUUCAAUAGAGAGUUGCCUAACUAAUGCUUUUGUGAAUUAGUUUAACCCCAAUACUUGAUUGUAGGCUUACAUAAUUUCGGUAUCGCAAAAUGAGAGAUUCUUCUUGUAGGUAUAUUUAAAAAUUUAUUAGAUUCCAUAUGAUGCAUGCAGUACGAAUCUUUCAAACCUGCAAAAAUUUCACUGAAUAAUCAAGUGAGAUGUGAGAUUAGAUUCAGUGCCUGACAGUUGGGCUAGAAAAGGCAAAACUGUUUAUUCUAAUCAUUGUCACCUAAUUGUCAUUAGCAUGUCAAAAUCAGGACGACACGAAAUCAAAUGGUAUGCCAGAGGUUUUUAAUAAGAGAGGAGAAGAAAAAGGACAAGGCACAGAAUCUUGUCAUCCGGUCAUUCUAUGACAAGAGAUUCUUACCUAGUUUGUAACAGGAUCAGCUUUUGAUCUCCAUUAUAGGAGGCUUGUAAUACCUGCCCCACAUCUUUUUACUUGCUAAAGAUUAUGGACUGUAUAUAAACCCAAGUUAAGGUUACAUAAAAACAAAUAUCUCAUUCCAUCUUUUCCUUAAUUAAGCUUUCAUUAUAACCUGACUUCUGGAGACAACUCCAGUACCAUUUGGCCAUACUUGAAACAUCUUGUUUGAUCAGCUAGUCAAUAGACUAGCUCAUAUACUUAUGCCCUAGCAGGUUGCGACUUUUCUAAAUAUAAAAACCAAUUAAGGAGAAGUUAAUAUUUCAGUUCUGAAUUGUCAUAUAUGGUUUCUAAUUUUCUCGUUCUUGGUAUUUGGCCCAAUGUUUCUGGCAGAGGACAGGCAAAAAAAAGAAAAACUAGCAAAUUCAGAAUCAUAUCUCCCAGAAAAGGUAAAGAAAUCUCCUUCCUGUGGUUGGUAGAAAUGAAUACUUACUAUGAUACAUGUAUUCCUGUACUGAAGAGAAAUUCUUUUCCUUCUUUAGUACUGUCAGAUGGUAUCGCGGUUAGCUUUUGUGGUAUCUUCUCCAAAAGCUUCAUGCACCAUAUCAAUUAGUAAAUGUGUAAGCCAAUAAAAGAAUAUUAGUAUAAGCAAACAAUAUUUGCAAGCUGAAGAAUGUAUGUUAAUUGUAAAUGAGCUGGUGUAUUCUUCUGAAAGAUCAAGAGUUGAACAUUUCCUCAGCAAAUUAAAUUAAUAAGUAGCAGAAACGGUAAGUAGAAAAGAUUAUAGGUGGCAUUUAGGCCUUUUAUGCUAAAUGGCAAUUAAAAAAAGAUUUCUUAAUUAAGUAGCCGUUCAUGUAUUCUGCCCUUGCAUAUUAUUCAAUCAAUAUGAAAACGGAUCCAUCAUAAUUAAUUCUAUUCUAUGUAUUUUCUUAUUUGUCAUAUAGCUAGUAGGCGGAUAUCUCUUUAUGGUCAUUGUCAAUUACGAUAUUUCUUUGGUUCAUUCCUUUUAUAUACUUAUUCAAAAGUGUUCCAUUUCUCAUUUCUUCCAAGAAAUUUUCAAAGUGCACCAGACUAAUGGGUACUCAAGUUGAAAAUCCUGACGUCUCCAGAAUAGAUGAAAAGCAGAAGGCUAUUGAUGAUUGGCUACCAAUCACAUCUUCAAGAAAUGCGAAAUGGUGGUACGCUGCUUUCCACAAUGUUACCGCCAUGGUUGGAGCUGGCGUUCUCAGCCUUCCAUAUGCAAUGUCAAAUCUUGGAUGGGGUCCUGGCAUCGUAAUCCUGAUCCUGUCAUGGGUCAUAACUUUAUACACUCUAUGGCAAAUGGUUGAGAUGCAUGAGAUGGUUCCUGGGAAACGUUUUGAUCGAUAUCAUGAGCUUGGUCAGCAUGCCUUUGGUGAAAAACUUGGUCUUUACAUAGUAGUACCUCAACAACUUAUUUGUGAAGUAGGCGUAGAUAUAGUCUACAUGGUUACUGGAGGAAAAUCUCUGCAGAAGGUCCAUGAUAUAGUUUGCAAAAACUGCAAACAUAUAAAAACAACAUACUUUAUCAUGAUUUUCGCCUCUGUUCAUUUUGUACUUGCUCACCUCCCUAAUUUCAACUCCAUCUCCGGUGUAUCUUUGGCUGCAGCAGUAAUGUCUUUGAGUUACUCUACCAUAGCAUGGGGAGCUUCUAUUCAUAAGGGUCGUCAGCCAGAUAUAGAUUAUGACUAUAGAGCUUCAACAACUUCAGGAACAGUUUUCGACUUCUUUACUGCCUUAGGUGAUGUAGCUUUUGCCUAUGCUGGACACAAUGUUGUGUUGGAAAUUCAAGCAACAAUCCCUUCUACACUGGAGAAACCAUCCAAGGGACCAAUGUGGAAAGGUGUAAUUAUUGCAUAUACAGUUGUAGCAUUGUGCUACUUUCCAGUGGCUCUUGUUGGAUACUACAUGUUUGGCAACAAAGUUGAAGACAACAUUCUUAUUUCAUUGGACAAACCAGCAUGGCUUAUUGUCGUGGCUAACAUGUUCGUAGUCGUCCAUGUUAUCGGAAGCUAUCAGUUAUAUGCAAUGCCUGUUUUCGACAUGUUAGAAACUCUGCUAGUAAAGAAGUUGAAUUUCAAGCCUACUGCAACCCUUCGAUUUGUCACGCGCAAUAUAUAUGUUGCAUUCACAAUGUUUGUUGCCAUAUGCUUUCCUUUCUUUGGCGGCCUUCUUGGAUUCUUUGGAGGAUUUGCUUUCGCCCCAACAACCUACUUUCUGCCUUGCAUCAUGUGGCUUGCCAUCUAUAAACCGAAGAAGUUCAGUUUGUCAUGGUUAACCAACUGGAUUUGCAUUAUACUUGGCCUUUUGUUAAUGAUUUUAUCGCCUAUUGGAGGGUUAAGGAGCAUCAUACUCAAAGCCAAGGACUACAAAUUCUUUUCCUGAUCAAUUCCUUUGCCCCAAGACCGAGUGAUUUCUGUGAAUGCAACAGUAUGGAAUUAUGCCAUACACGCACCAAAAAAAUAAGAAUCCCAGCAGUUAUGCCAAUGAUGGGUUUUACGCAGAAAUUAUAGGUGAUCGUAUAUUAGUAGGUUUAUGUCCUUUUCUAGUAUCCAGCAGUUUAAUGGCAACACAGCUGCACUACCCUCUACAGUUCGGUUUGUUGUAUUCUUUGUCUGUGUCGAGUAGAUAUUGGUAGUCUUGCUAUAUGAUUUCAUCUUUAAAAUAGUGGAAUUAAAUCUUGAUCUCCUACCGAGAUCACCAACUUUAUCCAUUUCAUCAUAGAACAAUACAAGACAUUUCUGCUCUGUUCAAGUUACCAACUUUAUUCUGCAGGGCUGAAAGAAAUCAAGAUAGAGUAUUGGUGCUUUGUGGUUUUA